UAGAGGCCAGAGUGAGGGGAGAAAGUGAACCUCCCACUGAAAUGUAUGUCACACACCCACCUUCCCCUCUUUCUGCUUCGGGGAGGCUCCACCCCCACCACUGAUCACCCUAUGGCAUGCAGGCUCUGGCUCAGGGUGUAGUCUGAGGCUGUCUCCUCAGCUGGUGCUGUCACCGAGCCUACACACAGCUGGUGGUCUCAUAGCAAUAGCCCCAGGAGCACAGAGGUGUCCCAAGAAGCAGGGUUGGGAAUCUCUGGUGCAUGUCACCACCGCCUGGUCCCAGUGCCUUUCCUUGUCCCCUGCUAGCUCUGUGCAGACCGUCAGAGUGUACUCGAUGCUGCCUACUCCUUUGGGACAUCCUACGAACAGUCUUGCACUGUACAGGUGUCCAACCUGCUGCGACGAGUCCCCGAGCCCAUCUUUUGGGAGAUGUUCCUGCAGUUCUCCAAUGACAAGGGGAACUGGCUGUGGCCAGUCCCUGUAGCGAAUCCCCAGCUGCAGCUGAAUAGCCUGGCCUCCCUGAGGUCUGAGAGGCUAAGAAGAUUCUUUCUAGUCGAUGGGCUCUCAGGCAGGCAAGGGAACCUGUCCAAUCAACCAGCAUCUGUCACGUUGGCAGCAGGGCUGCUCCUAAGUGUUGGCUUGCCAACCAGUAGCCCAGGAGACCAGUCUGCUUUCCUGUUGACAGUGAAGUAUGCAAAGCAAGAUAGCACUGCAACAACGCAGGUAUCGUUUGCAGUGUCAUACACACGUUGCUCUGGAAUGUCUCCACGAGACACAGAUAUAGCGCUUGCCAUCCUGGGCUCUUUGGCAGCCUUGUACGCCUUGCUGAAGACCAGCAGCUGGGUGCGGAGGUCUAGACUUCAGAAUAUAAGCUUUAUAAUUUUAGUCAAGUUCUUUGCCUUCUUUGCCGGGGCCCUGGCUAACGCCUUCUUCAUGGUUACCCUUGGGAUGGGGAUUUAUUGGCUCAUUGUUUUCAAGGGUCAGCAGUCUUCAGCGGUUGAGGUUAUGGUGUCCCCGACAGGCAGUCAAAUUGAAACCAACUUUAUUAUCUACUUGUCCUGUGCUUUUGUGUUAAAGGCUGUGGACUUGCUUCAUCUCCUGAUCACCCAGGUGACAAUCUCCGUCUUCCUGAUAGACUGGGAAAAGCCAAAGGAGAAACCAGCAUUUAAAGCACCAGCAGGAGGGCAGAGGGCCAUUUCCUCUGUGAGUAUUUGGAGAACUUUCCUGAUAGCCAAUGAGUGGAAUGAGAUUCAGACUCAUAGGAAAUUGAAUCCAUCGCUUCAGCUGUUCGCAGUGUUACUGCUCCUGGAGGUUGUGGGAUUGAAGAACAUCACAUCACGAGACCUGAACGUGGAUCUGCACCCUGGCGCUGACGCCUACCUGGCUGCCUGGAGCCCAAUCCUUAGAUUUGGGAUUGCUGCUUCUCUCUGGCUGGCACUGGGGAUUGCACAGGUGGCGUUUUUCACAGGCAUCUACGAGCGGUUUGUGGAGGACAAGAUUCAUCAGUUCAUAGAUCUCUGUUCCAUGAGCAACGUGUCUGUGUUCAUCCUGAUGCACGGAUGCUACGGCUUCUAUGUCCAUGGGCGGAGCGUGCACGGCCAUGCGGAUGUGGGCAUGGAUGCCAUGCAUGCCUGCCUCAGGAAAGAGGAGGAGAACCUGUGCCUUCUAAGAGGCCUGGAGGCCAACUCUGACAUUCAGGCCUUCGAGGUGCUUCUCACAGACAGAGCCAGGCAGCUGUAUGACAAGAUAAUGCAGCCCUUGAUGGAGGGCCCAAGAGGCAAGAGAGUCAGGGUCGACUUACAUGAGCAAAGACUAAGGAGUUAUUACACUUUGAAUCGAUUUCUCAGCUCGUUCCUUGAACACGCAUACAGAGAUAUGGACUACGUUGUGAAGGACAAGUUCUUCCUGGAGCGUUUUAUGGACAUGGAGUUCCAGGAGCCAGUAGACAUGUCCAUUCUGUACAAAGGCUGUGCCUGCAGAUUGUUUUCAUGCAGCUAGACAUGGAGGCUCUCCUGGCGCUGCUGCUGUCUUUCCUGAAGUGCGGUGGUGACAUUUGAUCCUCAGGCAGGUGGCGAUGCAGGUAAUGAACGUGAGGCUCACACUAACACUAUUGCCAGAGACAAGCACUUGCGAUGCGCUGCAGCCAUGAUAAACGCUAUUUCAGACUAUGGAAGGAGAGCAGGAGCACUAGGAGGCCCUCCUCACUGCAAGGGAGAGCAGGCAGAAUGUACGGUGAAUAGGUCUGGCCAAGCACUUUGCUUGUUACAAAUCCAACCGAGGCCUGCUCUGCCUAGCCCUGAGCCCUUGCAGGAGUGCCAGUGAUGGGGUAGAUCUUUCUGAUAACUGGCCUGGCCUGGCCUCCUAGAUUUCAUCUCUCCCAGCCAAUCACAGAUCUUUGUCAGGUGACCCUCUUUAGCAGAAGUAGAAGAGUUGCUGUUGCCACGAUGAUCCAUUGAACCGUCCUCUUUUCUAAUAUAAGUUAAAUAUGCCUGAAAUACGAGCACGGAUGUUGCUAAAUGCUGCAUGAUGAGUGUGUCAAUAGCCCAUUGAUCCCUCAGGUCCGGGCUUGAGAUCUUGCCGCCCUAAGCACUUAAUGCAAAUGCAGUAACUUGUAGUGUCAGGAACUAUAGAGAUGAAGCACCAUGGAGUGAAUAGGGGCAGCCCUGAAUGCAGAGAACUGUAGCACGUGAACCGGCCAUUCAGAUACUUGACUGGCUCCAUAGCCUCUCAUGGUUGUGUUAGGAACAAGCUCAGAUCGGCAAGCAAGCCUGUUGCAGCGAAAGGAUGCCCUGCUGCUGUAUGCAGUAUUGCAUCAGAGAGCCCUAGUGGUUUCUAAAGAGGAGGAGGAAGGUGCAGUAUAUAAGACAGAAUGAGUCCGCAUUGCUCUCCUCUAACAUGCUUCUCUAAGCUGUACCCUGGUAACUAGUAAAGCCAGAUGUAAAAGUCUAAUUGUUAUUGGUCCCAGCUAAUAGCCAUGUUGCAUGGUAUGAUAAGGGAGGAAACAUCAAAGCUGUGCAGAGUGCAUGCGACAGAGAUGCGCGAGCAAGGGGGCAGGUCAUAGAGAAGUCAUGGAAUGGGGCGGAAAUUUUCCUUCUCCUGAGUUUUGCUUACCUGGCUGCUCCCAGUGGCAAAUGAACAGCCACAGUCUCCAACGCUGCCGAGUGCUUAAUUUGUGCAUGCAGCCGGGCAAGUGGCGCUUUGGCACAUGUAAUUGUUGGCUUUGCAGGCACAUGGGCAGCAAUGGAGGUCAAGAAUUUUCAAAGUGGAGCCUCACAUCAGGCUUCUAAAGCCACAGUGAGGCGCCUAAGUAAGUAGCCUGGUUGGUCAAAGGGCAAGCAGGGCAGCUGGCAGCUCCCAAUGAGCUGUGCCAUUGUACAUAGGCUGAGGACCUACUCCACUGUUGACUAGUGUCCUUUGCUCUACGGUACCCUGGGAAAAAGAUGCCAUCCCUGCAAAAGAGGCACCAUUGCAGCACCUUCUCCAGGUCCUAAAUCCCUGCUUUGACACUAGCUUUUCCUUAGCCAGGUUCCUGCUGCACCAGGAAGCUAGUAGGGGCACGUGUUCCCAUACCUAUUGCUAUUAGCUGGGCAAGGAUUCAGAGCCAGAGCCUCGCUCUGAGAAGCUGUAAACUGCAGCGAAAAAGAGAGACAUCCACGAUGAGAUGCUGAAUGGAGACAUUUCUCAAUGGGGCUCAGGCGGUUGGAGUCAGAGCUGUGUUGGCAGAGCACCAAGUGAAGAAGCUUGCAGUAACUGCAGCCUCUCUAACUCUUCUUUAGUGCUCCAUGGUGUGUCCCCCUCCCUUUCCUUCUUGAUUCUUUUCCUAACUGUAAAUGCACCGUAAAAAUGGAUCAAAAUUGCUUAAAUCACCAUCAUUAAAUCAGUAUGGGCCCCCUCCCAUCUCGAUGGACAAUGGCUGACGCAAAGUAUUUGUUCCAUAGACCGAGCAGCAGUCUUUAUUGCACUGAAAGCAUAUUUGCUGCUUGAUGGAAGGAGAAAAAAAAUGUGUGCCUGAAAGGGAAAAAUCAAUGGGGCUCAUUUCUCCCUGGAUGCGUCAUGCUGGGCCAUUCAGCUAGUUGACAUCGCGGGAGGCCAGGCGCAUGCAGCCUGGGGCCGUAUCCCAAAAGGAUCUCUGGCGCAGUCCUGCAGGCACUGUGGAAAUGUUGCAGCAGUGGGGAAAGCCAGCAGCUGCCUGCUCUCCUCUCACCAGCUGGUGGCGCUGUGACUACCCUGUCUGGAACUGAGGGAUCUGUGGUCGCCGUAACUGUAGUAAUUCAGUUUGAGCCCAAGCCCCUUUUUGUCUACACACAAUCAGCCGGACUAGGAUCAGGAAGCACUCAGGACCCACAUCCCUGCUGGGGGGUGGGUCAGAGCCUGAGUCCUGCUGUGAUUUGGAUCCAAGCCCCGUCGUUUGGCAGCAUGGAUGCAGCUCAGACCACAGAGCCGAGCCAGAGGGUCUGGGUAGUGCAGUAUGGAUGUGUUUGCACGGCUGUGAGAGCCAGGUUCAGAUUUACAAUGCAGUGUGGAGACUCAAGCGUGGGCUGGGAAACACUGAGCCCACAAGCCCGGGUCCUAUAAGGUCAGGUUUGUAAUGCAGUGUAAACAUACCCCUGGGAGCCCCUAAUGCAGAACUGUGCUGUCCUGCUGGAAGCCCCCCUGAGUCACAAAUGAAAGGGCUACUGUGAGAGGAAAGAGUGGUCCAGUGGUCAGGGUGCUCUUUUCUCUCCCCUAAACUUCCUAUGUGAUUCUGUGCCUCAGUUCCUGAUCU